AUGGCAUCUUCUAGUUUUCUUGCAGUCUCUUCCAUUGUCCUUUCGGUUCUGUUCUUCAAUGGGAUGGUGCCCAUGCAUGCAGCUUCCGAGAACGACAUCGUUUCCACCAUCUGCAAGAAAACUAGAAACCCAUCUUUUUGCUUUAACGUGUUGAAUUCUUCUGGCACCACAGACCUAAAAGGGCUGGCCAUCUUCACCCUCGACCUUGCCAACAACAAGGCUACUCAAAGUCGUGUCCUCGCCCAGUCCUUGGAGUCCAAUGCAGCCGAUCCCAAGCUUAAGGAGCGCUAUGCCACCUGUGCUAAACACUACAACAAUGUCGUUGACGACAUCGUGGAUGGGAAGAACUACUUGGGGAAAGGUGACUAUAAUGGCGUCAACACUAUGGCGUCUAUAGCCAUGAGGGAGGCCAGAGACU